CUCCAAUACCCCGUAGCAGCUAGAACACAUGCACUCGUUGUACGAUACCUAUAUACACGCUGCUCACUCAUAUCGGUUAUCGGACACGCACAGCACAGCAGGCAUAUAGCCAAACCAACACGGAAGCCUGGCCAUGGCAGUGCCACGCAGGAACGGCAGUAGCGCGACGGCACUGGCCGCCGUUCUGGCGCUAGGCCACUUCCUCCUCCUCGCCACCCACUCGGUCGCCUGCGGUUCAUCGUCGUGCCCGAAGCCGGCGCCGCCGCCGCCGUGCUCCCCGACGACCCCGAAAGCGCGGGGCGGCGGCGGGGCGAGGUGCCCAGUGAACGCGCUGAAGCUGGGCGCGUGCGCGAGCGUUCUUGGCGGGCUGGUGAGCCUGGAGCUCGGCCAGCAGCAGCGCCCGGCGACGUCGUCCACGCAGCCGUGCUGCCAGCUCCUGGGCGGGCUUGCCGACCUGGACGCGGCCGUGUGCCUGUGCACGGCGCUGCGGGCCAACGUGCUGGGCGUCGUGCAGCUGCGCGCCCACGUUGAGCUCAGCGUCCUCGUCAACUACUGCGGCAAGAAGCUCCCCCAGGGAUUCCAGUGUGCCAGAGCUAAUUAAAUUAGUAAGACGUAUCCACACGCCGCCGACCGCGGUUAGUUAGUUAGUUAAGGUUGCCUGUGUUAAUUUGUAGUGCUAGUUCGGUCGUUAAGGCUCUGUGGACUGUCCCGUGUGAUCGAGCGCAACUAUGAUGACGUGUCUAUGCUCUGUGUUUGUGUAGGUAAGUUGUGUUGAGUCACGCUUCGUUUUGAAAUUGCAAUUGUGGUGACUAAUCGGUCAGGCAUGAGAAUCCAAAGCUUGUUCAGAAUAA